CCUGGAACCUGGCCGUGACCCCAUCGAGAGAUGCGUGGGAUUUGGUGGCAACUGCCCCCCGUAACUCGUGUUCAACGUUAUGAUGCGGCCGGCAUCAUGCGCGCGUCAUUGGUCCGUCCGCGCUCUCGCUCUCACCUUGCGUAAUGUGAGCAACGCAAGACUGCCUGCUGACGACGUCUUGAACUUUGUCCAGAUAGGAAUCCGAGGACAAUCCGACGCCCAUCAAGUCACUCACUCCCUAAACAGGCCAUAACCGAGCAGAAGGGUAGUACGUACUCCCACAGGAUGUGGCGCUAGCAUUAAACUUGACUGCACCUCCUCGUAUGUGAUAGCUUUCCAGAAUGUCGCGGGCACGCUAGGGCGUCCCGGGGACGAUCGUUGGAGUGACGUUUCAUGCGUGGCAGUGUCGCGCGCCUUUGCGCGUGCGAGAUUGGUACCAAGCUACGCAUGAAGCUCGCGCGAGGCGCAAGGUCGAUCUACUGAGCCUUCCUGUAUGAGUAGAUGCUCCAGCCUCAGCCUCGCUACCCGCGAGCCAAGCAGACGCUGGCUGUACAUGCUCCUCAGAUGCGCACCUCUCGGCUGCGGACCGGACAGAGUCCGGGGUCCUGAGUGCCAACGCACUGGUGAUAAAUAAAUAUGACCCUUUGCGGCCAGUUCGACCCCUGCUGAGACUCUCAUGUUGGUGGUUGAUUGGAUAUAGACGUUUUUUUUCCCCUACGAGUUCGUUCUGGAUAUCAUGACUGCGAUUCAUCGAACAGACGCCUCAGCACGUCGGCCCAGUGCAGGCUUGGACGGCUCAGCAUACGACAUUGUGCAGCGCAUGCUGCCUUGCCUCGAUACACACCUCAUGCACAGCUCACGCUUUUCUUCCUCCGACGACAGCAUUGUCACAGCGUCACAGGAGCUGUCGUGGGACGGUUCAUCCGGCCGAGCAGACUCCAGCGACGGCACACUCUUCGACGUGUCCGAGAACGACGAGUUCGACCGAGCGUACCAACAAUACAGCCAAACAGCACACAUGGGGGUGCUCGACCCAGAAUACCAGACCUUUACCAGCCGGAACGGCUACGGCGCCGUCGUGUACACAGUCAGGGACGGCACGUUGGUCGUGUCGGGGGAUCCACUCGCUGCGCCAGAGCACUUUGGGCCUUUGCUUGAUGAGCUUGCCCGGUUUCGCAAGAAGAAGCACCUCAAGAUCGCCUUCAUGGGAGUUAGCGAGACAUUCGCAAUGUACGCGCAGAAGCGACGCUGGAUCCCGUUGAAAGUCGGUCGAGAGCGCGUGCUCAAUCCCAUAACCAACAAGAUCCUCUCCAACCAAGGCGCAGGGAAGCGCAUGCUUGGUCAGAAUCGGCGACUACUCGAUCCAGAGCGUGGGGCCAUCAGUAUUGGCGUUUAUGCGCCGGGCAUCCACGGCGUUGACCAAGCCAUGGAAGUCGAAUUGCAAAUCAUCUACGACCAGUGGCGCGCGGAACGCAACUGCAAGAAGGAAAAGGACUUGCAAACGUUCGUCACCGUCUACGAUCUCUUCUGCCGACGAAACGUCACCUUCUUCCUGUACACGAGCGACCGCGACGGGCGCGUCAACGGCUUCGCCGCGCUGCGAAACGUCGGCGCGCGGUCGGGAUUCCACCUGGACCCCUGCAUCGCGUCGCCGACGGCACCACGCGGCAUCACGGACCUGCUCAUCGUCACGGCGAUGAGGCUGCUCCGCGAGGCGGGCGUGUCGUACAUGUGCCUCGGUCACGAGCCGUUGCUGGACCUGGGCGACAUGCCUAAUCAGGACGGCAUCAAGGCGCGGGUGGCUCGCGACAUGUUCCACCGCGUGGUGGACUCGGCGCAGCUCGGCGGGAAGCGGACAUACAACGACAAGUUUCAUCCUGACGAGUCGCAGUCGUCGGAGCUGUAUGUUGUCCUGCCGGGGGGGCCCUCGCUGCUGCGGCAGGCGGCAGCGGUGAUGCACGUGGCCAACAUCAGAAUCAGGCGGCUGUUGAGAUGAAGGGUGACAUGUAUAUAUGGGGAUAUAUCGGGUGCUUGUACGAUACGGGAAACAAGUGUGUAGUAUUAGCAUUACCUAUUGCUCAUCAUGCUCUUCAGCAUUGAUAGUUAGCUUGCCAGCGAAAUUAGAGUUUGUUGAUAUCCUACCCCCCGUCCCGGGAUCAUGGCCGCGCUGGUGGGGACGGAGGAGACGGGGGGCAGACGGGGGGCAUCCUGGGGUCUCCAGCUCUCAUCGUCCCCUGUGCCGCCAGCUUACUUACUUAUUACGCCUGCCUAAACCGAAUGAUGGAGACACGAUGACGACUAAUAUGCGUGGGCAAAGACAGGCUGGCGGUUACG